AUUAGUUUUAUGAACUGCAUAUUCGUGUUAUUGUUUAGCAACGUCCCUUUUUUCUUUUUGCUAUUAUUGUUGUUCGCUAAUAUGAUUUUUGUCAUGAAAUACGUGCAAUCACUUUCAAUUCAUAGAAAUGUAUAAACGAGCUUGUGUUAUGCUUCUGUAUGGACUGUGAUAUGCAAAAUAGUAGACGUGCACAAGCAACUUUUUUGCUUAGCACAUAUUUCCUAUUCAUUCCCAAAAAACCCGUAGCUCGCGCGACACGUAAACUCUUAAAAUAACGUGACAAUUUUCUGUUAUAAAUAAACCAAACAUCAAUCUAACAAAACUGUAGUUUCGGAGAACCGACUUACAAUUCUUUUAUAGACGCUACGGGAAACACGAAUAAAAAUCCCAAAAUUUAAAAUAAAACAAAACUUUCAAGUGCAAGUAUAAUCAAACACCAAAUAAAAGGCUUUUGUGUUCAAUACAAGCCGCCCUACACAGAUAUCGGAACGUCGGUCUUUUUCAACGCAACAUUACGCCAUGGCCCAGCCUCAUAAUUAUUCCCAUCAAAAUUUGCAGACGAUGUAUAGACAACCUUCCUUUGUUCAAACGAAGGUGUUAAGCACAGGCAAAGCUUCGAUACCUUAUAGGCAUUUUACAGACUCUACUUAUUUAUCCAGAGGUCUUUCUUUGAAUCGGUCGCAAUCGAUAAGGAAAUCCAAACCUUUGAUUAGUGAAAACAAAAAUCAGCUUUCUUCCCAAUCAAGCUGUUGCUUACACAAACCAACACAUGAAGAGAAAUUGUAUCAAAGAUCACAAACUUGCUCUUCUUUAACAACAUCGUUAACAAAAACUAUAAAUAAAAAAUUGUCUAACGUUAAUAGUGAUCUAAGGCAAUCUUGCAGUUCGAAAAGCACGACACCAUCUUCUGCAGCAUAUUUGGAAGUUGAGAAAGCGGGAACAAGAAAAGAAUUUGUUAAAAAAUUCGAUAAAGCCCUGCCUCAAAGUGGUACUUCCGUAAAAAAACAUUCAAAACCCGAUGCGAACAAAGUAAAUCUGAGCAUAGUUUUAUCUCAAGACUUCCCAGUGAGCACGGAGGAUGAUUACCUUAGCUCAGAUGCAGAAGAUAAUGAUGAAGCUGGUGCUGUUCAAGUAGAAAAUGAAAAAAAAAAAAUGGAAAAUAUAUACAACGCAAAGACGUGUAAAACAGAAGGUACUUUAACCUAUAUCUCUUCGGAAAUAAACCCAAAUUUGUUUCCUUCACGCAAAGUUUUUUACCAUAGUAGUCGAUUAAAUCUAAUUAGCCCUAACAAUGCUUCUUCAAGUGUCAGCGCCUCUAAUGUUUUGAAUGCCCCUCCCUCAUUAACCACGCGGCCGCCCUUACUGCGCGCUACGUCUGCACCAGUACGCUACAUGCACGACAAUUCUAACGGUAGACUUUUGGCAAACAAGCGUAAAUCGCGCAGACGUACGGCUAACCAGAUGCAUGAAGCCAAAGCAGAGGAAAGCAUUCUUGUCACAAAGAUUCAAAAAUCCAGCACCAAGAACAAAAGAGUGUUAGCACGAGCACAAUCAUUGACAUCUGAAGUUAUAACACUGGUCUCAUUAAUCAGCCCUGAAAAUUCAGAUUCGGAAAAAGAAGAUUCUUCGACAAUCGUUGGAAGAAGGGCACCAUUUUUAAAAAAAACUGGCAAAUCCGUGUCUUUUCAAGAAACCAAUCUUAACAGGUUUCAUUUCUCAUCUAAAGAAUGUUCGCAUAUGCUGCGCCGUGGUUCAAUAGCUCCUCUGGCAGAGCGUUUGCGUGCUAACCGUCCACCUACAGCGCCACCUGUAUCAAUAUUUUUUCAACGUUCCCAUAACAGUGCUGCAGAUUCGCCGGCAGUUGAAGUAGCUGUCUCCGUACCAAACAAAGCUGCAACAGACUGUUGCUCUGGUACAAAAACCUUAGAAGUCUUCACUUAUCCGCACCAUGUACGAUCGCACAAAGGACGUGAAUGUUGGAAACUAUUCCUAAAAAUGUCGGCUAGUGGUGUAAACAUCGCUUACGAUACUAUUAUGAGAGGCCUAUUAACUCCAACAGAGUUCCGCCAACAACAGAAGCAACGCGAACUAGAAGAAGCAAACAAAUUUAAAGAGAGCUAGGUCAACACCCAAGCAAACAGUUUUUCAUUAUGAAAUAAUUAAAAAAAAAAAAGUUCUCAAUUUUUCAUUACAUAAUAAUUUAAAGAAAAAAUAGUGUUCAUGCUAAGAAAUGUUCUUCUCGUGAAGUUGUUUUAGCACUGCCGAACGAGCCUCAACAAUGUGCCUUAGCUAAUUGUGGAUAUUGAAACACUUCAACGCGAAUAUGUCUGGCAAAUUGUUUUAAGACCAAUGAAUAAUACUGAAAUAACGCAAUUUUUUUCUAAAAAUUUUUCAAAAUUAAGGUUAAUACUUAGACUGAGUUAACGUUGGUUUUCACCUUCGCUUUGUACAAGUAAAGACAAAGUUGUUUAGGUUUGUUCACGCUUUUCUGCAAGUGUAAACACGUGCAUUAAUAACAGCGUGCAUAAUAUUAAAGAAAUGACGAUCAAACAAAACGUCUUUAGAAACUUAGAAGCAGCAUAGAAAUUCAUAUAUGAAAACCGAGAA